GCAGUUAUUUAUCUAAACUGAACUAAGUUCAAUGCUAAUUUGUUUGACUAUUUUAGAGACAGAGGGAGUGAAUCUGUACAAAUUAAAAUACAUUUCUGUGAAGAUUUCUGAUUUGGGAAGCUCCUGCUGGGUGGUUAGUACUCCAUUUUUCACUGACAGCAGUGAUCUGACUUCACUAGCUAGCACUUUUUGUCCACUUGAGAUUUACCUCAUAAUUACAAAUAUGUCUAUUUUAUGUUUAAACAGCUGUCUGCUGACCCCUAGUGGCCACAAAAUAGUUUAGACUUUUUUUUUAAAAGUAUGUUAAAAUCCCAAGCAUUUUAAUAAAUAUUCAUAAUAUAAAACACUAAAGUAUUGAAAGUCAAAAACUAUAGACGUUCUGCCUGACUGUACUCCUUCACCGUUCUGACCCAGUACAAGCAUUUCAGUGAGGAGAUCCAGACCCGUCAGUACCGGUAUCUAGAGGUCCUGCUUAGAUCUGAGUACGGUCCACCAGCUGACCUCGGGGGUGUGGCCUGCAUGGCCUUGGAGUUGCUCACUGGAGACUCGUUGUUCCACCCCAAAGCCGGCGAGUUCAUGUCCCUGGAGGAAGACCACAUCGGCCAAAUCGUCGAGCUCCUCGGCAGAAUUCCUCCAGAUGUUGUCCAGUCAGUCAAACAUUCAGCUCAAUACUUCGACCGAAGAGGUGAUCUCCGUCGUGUUGGUCCACUGAGGCCGUGGAGACUUUAUGACCUUCUGGUGGAGAAAUAUAACUUUCUACUAGAGGAGGCCUCUGAAUUCUCAAACUUCCUUCUCUGUAUGCUGGAUUAUCACUCAGAGAGAAGGGCAACUGCUGCCUUCAACACCCAUGGUUGACCUCCAGUUAACCUCCCGAAGACCCUAAAGGCCGUGGAAAGUUCUCUCAGCCAGAUGUUUUCAGCAGCAAGACCUCAACGGUUUCAGGGCAUCUUUGAAUGUUCACAUUUGGGGAAUUCCUGCUGCACUUAUUUAGCAUCAGAAAGAAAAUCUUCUCCACUUGAGCUUCAUGAGCACUUUAGGCUUUUUUUUUUCUCUCAUUUUCUUUAUUCUUCCUGAAUUUUGUUCUAGAGACCUUAGGUAUAAAAAUCUUUAUUGUCUUUACACUGAUAGACUUGAGCCUGAACUGUCAUGACCAUCAAAAGGUAUUCAUUCAUCCGUUUCAUUAAGUGUUCUUAAUAAAGGCUUUAUAUUUAGAUACGGUUUUACAGCAAAGCAAUAGAUUUUCCACUGACAUGUUUUAUGAAAAUAAUGCUAAAUGAAUGCUGGGUGAAUUUUAGUCUGCAAUAGUCAGUCAGACGCUAUUGUCUGUGUUAGCUUCUUGGUACAUUCUCACAAAAUGUCUAGCAGGAAGCAACCGUUUCUCAAGAGCUGAGACCUUCUUUAUGAAGCAAAACGUAGAACCAGGAACUUUUUUUUUUACCAGGUUACAAAACAUCUGAACUUUGAAAUUAUUGCUAAUGUUCAUUAUCCCAAUUGUGUCCAGAACACUGCAAUGAGUUUGCAGUUAAAAUAUAUUUAAAAUAUUGUAAAAUAUACAUGCAUAUGAUCUGUGCACCUUCCGCGACUGAAUUGUGACAUAUCCCCUGAUGGAGAACAGGCUAUAAGCAUAACGCUGGCAACACAUGCAGCAAUGUCUGCUAAUGCCAGUAUCAGACGUAUUUAAUGUAGGUCAGUGGGGUGGUAUGUAAAGAAAUGUAGAAAUUUAUUCAGUUGACUAAAUCCAACUCAGCCAACGUAGUCCAAAUUGUGAUUGCGUGGGUUUAUUGAAUAUUUCAUAUUCCAUAUCAAACUGACAAAUUAGCACAAAACCUUUGUAAGCUAACUAAGUUGGAUAAAACAGGUCUAAAACAGCUCUGAAUAUGAUUUUUGCUUGGUGGCAAAAUCAUUACAUAAUCAUAAGUGCAUAUGUUUCAAAACAACAUUAAUCUAUUUUAUACUGCUGUUGCUAAUUCUUGUUCAAACUGCUUCCAAACUUAUUUUUGAUAGGUGAUGGAUGUUCCACACAUACCAAUCAUCAUUUAUAAGCACUUUGCCACCAUAAUAAUCAGCCAGGCCAGUUUGCAAGCUCUCAGAUUUUUAUACUAAAUACCUACAUUUAAAUCUUUCCAUGUGUUCAAAUGAACUACAGUACUUAAUUUAGAAUCUGCUUAUCAGAAGAAACAUAUUUAAAUGUGUUUCUUCUGAUUACACAUUUAAAUAGAACUGCAACAAAAUUCACACAGUAAGAGGUUGAAUACAUAAAUACAGAGAAAAAAAACUUUGCAUGUUUAUGGUUUUCAGAAAUAUGAGUGGGGAGGAAAGAGGGUUGAAGUUGUACAACCAUCAAGCAUAAAAAUGUUUAGUGGAGCUAUGAUGAGUAUUUAAAAAAAAAAAUCUAUUUAAGACAUGAAAAUAAGUAAAACGAACAAAGAUGUUGUAAUGUAAUUAAGGCAGAAAGUACAUGUGGAUGUUUGAUAUUUAGUGGGGUACAAGGAAAACACAUCUCACAAUUAACAUUCAUCAGUAUCCAUAAAAAUGAAUGCAUAAGAAAGAAUUUAAACCAUAAAACGUUAAAAAUGACUAAAUAUCGUCAGUCUUUAAAAGUUCUAUUUCAGAACUUGCCAAUUGAAGAAAUGUCUCAAUCUGAUUCUAGGUAUCUUCGCAUUGCCAGUUAAGUUGCUUUUAAAUGAUCGGUAUCUUUUUACAUGCCGGUUUCUGAAACAUUAGCAGUAAGAGAGACUAUUGGCUGCGGUAGCUUUCUGGAGCGCAGCUUAAAAAAAUGGUUAUAUUAAGAUGAUAAACAGUAAACAACUGACUGGAGUUCAAUCAAAACAGCAUCUGUUAGCGUAGCACUACAGCAAACUCAAACUGUCUAACAUAAAAACACUUUUAGCAGGAACAAGUGAGUUUCCAGCUGUUAAAAUGAAUGAACAGAAACCUCCCUAGUGAGUGAAUUUAGUGGGGAACAAUCACAAAAUACUGAAGAAGCUCUGGGUUGUUUUCCUGCAUUCAGAACUGUUGUGUUUACAAGCAAAUACGUCGCAUUGGUUUUAAUGUUUGGGAAUUUGUUCCUGCAAAUCACUGAUUAGUACCACCAACAAAAGACCCUGACUUGGACCAGCCAAAAGUAAACAAACAAAGUAAAAUGUUAAAUUCUAUAUUAAUAUAGAAUUUAAAUGAGAUUAAAUAUCUUUUUACCCACUGUUAGUCCGAAUCCGUUUCAUAUUGCAUGGUAUUCUUGAGAUUAAACUUAUCAGAUUGACUUGAAAUUCCAUUCUGGGUUUAGCCUCCUUUAGCUGUCAUUGCAUCUCAUACACCAUGCAAUCCAUUGGCUCUUAAACCAUUCAGCUUUACAGAUAGUAAAUAGCAGCAGCAAUGACCUGACUAAAUCAGUUGUACAAGGGCAUAAUGAAAGCAUAUGUAUCUCCACAGUUUAAAUCUUUUAUAUUGAUUAUUGGUGUUUUAUGACGAAGAGGGUUGAGGACCCAAUUGAGGAAGCCUGGUUAAUAAAUCCACUAUGGAUGUGACUUUAUGUUUAAUGACUUUGACUGAGAAAACUUGUCAAUUUCAGUCUCCAGAGUUAAACCAAAGCAGGUGGAGAAAGCACAGAAAUAUACGUCACACUCUGAAUGACCUCAACUUUGGUUCAACUGCUUAACCAACGGUUUUCAUUUUUACAUCAAGCAGUGCCCUCACUAAAACCUUCUACAUCACCACAGGUAAAAUGCCCAAGUCUGUGGGACAAACCUAAAAAGUAAUGAGACAUGAACAUUGUUUGGUUUUUCCCUGUUAUGUCAACCAAUCCAGCUGUAGGCGCGGCACUCCACCAAUGGGUUUUCCUUGUAAACGACCAUAUAUCCGCAGUCUGUUCGCACCCGACGACACUUCUUCGGCCACGAGGUAGGUUUC